UCUUUUUUGAGUGAUAUGAAUGGAACCCCAAAUCAAUUUAUAGCCUAUAUUCUGGCCUGAGAAAAGUGUAGGGGAGUUUAGUGUCAUGCUCAAGGCCAACUCACUUAAUUUUAGUCAUUUCCACAUUUCUACGUGUCUUUCAGUGUCUUUUGGUAAUAGAUCGUAUUGCUUGCCACGCUACCACCGUGGGAGGAAUGUAGGAGUAGCAUAGCUGACCCUCGUGGUGGAAAUAUAUUUUGACAGGAGCGUUAAUUUAAUCAAUUUAUACAGAAACGAUAUAUUUAAAGAAUUCAGCGCGCGUCGUGAUACGAUCGACACAAUAGUAUGGUGGCGCUGUUUGUGAUAAUAUUCAAAUGAGAGCCCAUUCCUGUCGUCAUCAUCGAUCUCGUCAUAGGGCGGUUCUUGAACAAACUGGACCACUUUGCAUUGAUGAAACGAGACUGCGCCGAUGCGGUCAUUGAUUCUGUCGAGUAUUAUCUGGAGUAAAUUUGCAAAUUCGCGUUUUGGGCAAUAUUGUGCGGCGAAGUUGGAUUGGAAAAAACACGCAUUUGGAUCUGGACUGGGGUGCAGCGAGCGCACAUGAGAACAAUGAGCUCCGCUGCAAUUACGCAGUCACGGCAAAGGUACGUGCUGUUCCUUGUUGUUAUUCUUCUCUGGUCUGUUAAUCAAAUAUCCACCUCCGUGACCCAUUAUUCCAUACCUGAGGAAAUGAAGGAGGGAUCCGUGGUUGCCAACCUUGCCAGCGAUCUCGGACUGGACGUUAAAACACUGAUCCAAAGGAAGAUGCGGUUGGACAUUAUUUCAAACAAAAAAUAUCUGGACGUGAACAAAGACACCGGGGAGCUGUACAUCGUUGAGAAGAUUGACAGGGAACACAUCUGCCCAACAAAAUCUCCAGGUUCUUGUUAUCUCGGGCUAGAGAUGAUCCUGGAAAACCCGUUAAGAAUUUUUAACAUCGAAGUUGAAAUAAUGGACAUGAAUGACAACGCCCCUCAAUUUAGGAGAGACGCCUUUCAUUUGGAUAUAUCCGAAUCGACACCAAAGGGUGAGAGAUUCUCUCUCAGCAAUGCAGUCGAUCCGGAUGUUGGCAGUAACACAGUUAAAACGUAUCAUCUCAGUGAAAGUGAACAUUUUAAAAUUGAGGUUCAGACGGGGAGGGAAGGAAGGAAAAUUGCCGAUUUGAUAUUGAAUAAAGUUUUAGACCGAGAGGAGCAGGCUGUGCACAAUUUAAUAUUAACAGCAGUAGAUGGCGGUACACCUCCGCGUUCAGGCACAGCGAGUAUUAUUGUUCAUGUUUUAGACAAUAAUGACAACGCCCCUGUCUUUGACAACACUAUUUACAGUGUUAAAGUAAUGGAAAAUUCCCCCAUUGGAAGCCUUGUUAUUGAUUUAAAUGCGACUGACUUGGAUGAGGGUUCAAAUUCUGAUUUAACAUACUCAUAUAGUUUAUAUACACCAGAGAAAGCACAAGAAACGUUUAAUUUGAAUCCAUCUACAGGUGAGAUCACUGUGAAAGGAAUGUUAAAUUAUGAAGAUUUCAAGAUUUAUGAUAUGGAGGUUAUAGCAGCAGACAGAGGCGUCAAUAGUUUAUCAGGACAAUGUACGAUCAAAAUUCAAAUCGAGGACAUGAAUGACAACCACCCAGAAAUAUCCAUUAAAUCUUUUCAAAGUCCAGUCAGCGAAAACAUUGAUGUCGACACUGUGAUAGCAGUGGUCAGUGUGAGUGACAAGGACUCAGGCAAUAAUGGAGUGGUGGAUCUUCGCAUUCCAAAUAACAUGCCUUUUAAACUGAGGGAGUCCCCUGAUAACUUUUAUAAAUUAGUUGUUUCGGAGCCAUUAGACCGUGAAAAGGUUCCAGAAUACGACAUCACCUUCACCGUCACCGACAGAGGCUCCCCUCCUUUAAGUGACAACGAAACCAUGACUUUGCAGCUGCUGGAUGUGAAUGACAACGUCCCACACUUCCCUCAGUCCUUUUAUACCAUACGUGUGAUGGAGAAUAACGCCCCAGGCGCCUUGCUCAGCUCCCUCAGUGCGUUUGACCCCGACCUCCAUGAGAACCAGUACCUUGUGUAUUUCAUCCUGGAGAAGGAGAUAGCCAACACCUCCAUGUCCAUGCUGUUCUCCAUCAAUCCAGAGAACGGCAACCUUUACGCACUCAAGACUUUUGACUACGAGAUGGAGAAGGACUUCCUUUUCCACAUUGAGGCCAGAGACUCUGGCUCUCCUCCGCUGAGCAGCAACGUGACCGUCCACAUCAUCAUCGUGGAUCAGAAUGACAACGCCCCAGUUAUCGUCUCUCCGUGGCGAGCGCACGGCUCUGUGGUGGAAGAGAAGAUCCCCAGAUCCACAGAUAAAGGCUCCCUGGUGGCCAAGGUGAUAGCCUUGGACGUGGAUUCCGUGCACAACUCUCGCGUCACCUACCAGUUCCUGCAGGUGACCGACGCCUCCUUGUUCAGUCUAGACCAGUACAACGGAGAGAUCCGCACCAUGAGGAUGUUCAGCUACAAAGAUUCUCGUCACCAGAGACUGGUUGUUGUUGCUAAGGACAACGGGGAUCCCGCUCUCUCUGCUACAGUCACCAUCAAGCUGUCCACGGUGGAAACGGCCGUGAAGGCCUACUCGGACAUGACCGAGGUGCCUCUGGAAUACGAUAUUUUCUCUGACCUCAACCUGUAUUUGGUCAUCGGUCUGGGCUCGGUGUCCUUCCUGCUGCUCAUCACCAUCCUGGUCACCAUCGUGCUCAAGUGUCAGAAGGUCAAGCCCAGCAAAGCGGCUCCUCCCUGCAGGAACAGCGUGAUCAGCGAGAGGAACUCCACCAUCGCAGAUUCCACUCUGGUGUCCAACGAUGCCUACUGGUACAGUCUGUUCCUAGCAGAGACCAGGAAAGGAAAGCUGGUGGUCAGGCAGCCCAUGCCAAAGGGCUCCAGAUACAUUGUGUCCAGUAUCCCCAGGAGCACAGGCAUGUCUGAGACCAGCGACUCCGCUCCUUCCACUCUGCAGGCAUCUACAACCAGGAGCACUCGAUCCACAUGAAGGCCAGAACUCCCCACCUGCAUAUUGGACCAAUCGAGAUGGGAGAACCCAAGAGGAAAAGAGAGAACCCUGAAUUGACAUCACGCUCAUACCCGUCAUGCUCAGCCCGGAUUCUCAUACUUGACACCCACUGAAUGCUGCCGCGUCAAUGAGGAAAUAACUCCCACUCCUUAUAAUCCCCUCCAUCUGUACUCUUUAAGCACAUGAAAAGCCAUUUUAAGCCUUUUUGAUAAACUCUUCAGUGUGCACGGUAUGACCGCGUGGCUUCAAAUACGCUUCAUCUCUAAAAAUACGUCACAAGAAAUGUGAUUUGCCAAGAAACGUGUGAGUAGUCCAAAAAGCCCAAAAAAAAGGGGACAAUGUGAGUGUGCAAUGAAAUGUGGAAAUCCCCAAUAGUCUCUAUUGCUUCGUCGAAAUGACCGCCCAUCAUGUGUACAGUAUUUUACAUUUUUCUCCAUUUUGUCUUUUGCAUUUUCUGUAUUAAUGGCAAUGGAAAUGGCACAGUAUACCCAAUGUUUAACAAAAAAGAAAACAUGCGGUUUGUAGGAAUUAAAUCUGAAUUUUAUAAA